CAAAUAAAUAAUUUUUUUAUAUAUUUUUAUAGAUAUAUAGCAACAUGCAUGCUAGGCCUGCAUUACAAUAUAUCUUUAAUCUAUUAUAAAUUGCCAAAUAUAUAAAUAUAGGGAUCGAACAAAUAUAUGAAGAUGAAAGCAAACUUGUCUUUUUCGGGUUUUUUGUGGCGCAGGCCGGCAGAAAGACAAAUAUUUCCAUUGGGUUUCCUGAGACAACUAGCUAUUAUGAUAUGUUAUUUUAAUUUUGAAAAGAAGAGAGGUGUCUUGUUCUGUUUCUAGUUUUGUUCGUGUAUUUAAUGUACUUUGGUAUUAAUGUACUAAUUUGUUGGUAUUGGCAGCGCACAACUAAGGAGUAGUAUUAGAAGAAAAAAAAAAAAAGAGUAGUAGUAAAUACCAAUGGAAGCCAAAGCUGCAUCAUCAGGAGGUGAAGUAAGGCGACUUCACGUUAUCUACUUCCUCAGUCGUCGAAUGGGUCGCGUUGAUCAUCCCCAUCUCAUUCGGGUCAACCAUUUUACUCGCAACGGCGUCUAUCUGCGAGAUGUUAAGAGGUGGCUUGCGGAUUUACGAGGAAAGGACAUGCCGGAGGGCUUCGCUUGGUCUUACAAGAGGAGGUACAAGACGGGUUAUGUUUGGCAAGACUUGCUGGACGAAGACCUCAUCACACCAAUAUCCGACAAUGAAUACGUCCUCAAAGGAUCCGAGAUCACCUCUUCCCCUUUUGAUUCUCCUCCGAAAACAUUUGCCGAAAAUAGAAGUUGCCUGUUUAAAGAUGAGGUUGAGCCACCCAAUUCAAAACAAGAGGCCUCCUUUCAAUUGCACCAACAAAUUUAUCCAAAGAAUACUAUAGAUAUCCAAACAAAAGUAUCCUCUGAAAUGAGCCAAGAAUCACAGAGGUCUACUUUGACCGAUGGAUUCGAUGAUGCGAAUGCCAUCAAACUGAAACCCAAAGGAGAACGACAAGAACACAACCACUCAGCAGCUGGCAGGGACAAGUUAGAAAGCUCUUAUUUUUAUUCCAACUUUUUAUUGAAGAGGAAGAAGAAGAUUAUUAACAAGGACAAAGACGCCAAAGAAUUGGCUUCUUCUACAACUCCGUCUUCUUUUUCUUCCUCUGCUUCUUCUUUUUCUUCGUCUUCACAUUCACUGUCUCAGCAGACGCCAUUGGCAAAUGGUACUACUAAGAGACAUUCAAGUGCAUCUUCCAACAUGUUCCGCAAUUUGAUUACUUGUGGUGCUGUCGACACAAAUGACGCUGUUGUGGUCAUGUUGAAUCGAGCCAAUAAAACUUCCAACAAGUCUACCAGCAGCCAAGACAGUAUCAAGGCUGAUCAUCGUAUUUCAAAAGGAGAUCACAAGUCUGAAGGUAGAUCAACCGGAGUUUUUGGGACUUGCCGGAAUCCACAGGAACUGCCGCAGCAACCCCACACUGCUAGUAGGAAAAGCUAUGAUGGACAGAAAGAUGCGACAAAGCAGCAAAAAGAGGGCUACUUCAGUGGCCAAAAAGCGGCUACUGCUGCUUACAGGCCCGUCGGUCGCCCGCAUUGCUCGCAGUGCAGGAAGCUGUUUAAGCCAGAAAAAUUGCACUCACACAUGAAAUCGUGCAGAGGAGUGAAAGCUGAAACGAAGAUACCUGAAAUGGGAUCAAGAACUUCAAACUCAGAAGAAUCAGCUUCAGCUUUCUUGACCUGACCAGCUGAAUAUGCCCAGUAAUGACUGAUCAUCAAAUAUACUCUUGCCUGCACUCUGUAGUCAGGAUGAAAGGCAGGA